AUGGCAAUGGACGCUUCAUUUGCGCUCAAUUUCACCACACCCGCAAUGUUUACGCAGGCACUUGGGGCAUUCGCCCUGUUCAAUUAUCUCCCUCUGACCCAAGCACAACCCAUUUCGGAGGAACAAUGCGCGACUGCACGUUGGGAGCACAAGCCCAGAAUCUUUGUCCUCACAGACAUCAGCAAUGAGCCUGAUGAUCAGAUGAGUCUGGUUCGCCUCCUCACGUACGCCAACGAGAUAGACAUCCAGGGUAUUGCUGUGACAACCUCGACAUGGAUGCCUGAUAAGAUAGACUACGAGUCCGUCGUUGGUGUGCUGGAUGGUUACAAAAGGGUUGUUGACAAUCUCAAUGCCAACGUCCCUUCUGGUGCGCCUUAUCCUUCGCAUAAAUCCAUGCUCGGCCGGAUUCACAAAGGCCAUCCAGUCUAUGGACGAAAGUCGCUCAACAUGACUCUGAGCGAUGGUGCCAAAGCACUCAUCAAGGCAGCCGACGAGGCCAGUACCCACGAUCCUCUAACAGUCUCAGUCUGGGGAGGAAGUGCCAUCCUGGCUGAAUCUCUUCAAUAUGUUUCUCGCACAAGAAGUCAAGCCGCGGUUGACGCUUUUGUUGAGAAGCUGCGCGUCUACGCAAUCUCGGAUCAAGACGACACAGGAAUAUGGAUCCGUCUCCGCUACCCGCAACUCAUGUACGUUGUAUCUCUCCAUGGCUUCAGUGAAUACACCGAUGCAUCAUGGAACGGUAUUUCGGGAGAGGAAUAUCGUCACUUCGACCAAGGCGGUCCAGACUCAACCAUCGUGUCCAACGAUUGGCUUGAGAAGAACAUCCGUUUGGGGCCAAUGGGAUCACACUACCUGAACUGGAGUUUCAUCAUGGAAGGCGACACGCCCGCAUUUCUACCCCUUGUACAAAAUGGUCUCGGUGAUGUGAACAGACCAGAUUUUGGAAGCUGGGGUGGUCGGUAUACUCUUCUCGACCAUUCAGGUCAGUCGAAAGUGUAUGCCGAUACAUCCGACUAUGUUGUUGGUAAGAAUGGAAAGAGCUUUACUAGCAAAUUUGCCACCAUUUGGCGAUGGCGCGAAGAUUAUCAAUUCGACUUUGCUGCGCGUAUGAAAUGGAGCGUCAACUCUAACUACUCCGAGAACAACCAUCAACCCGUGGCUAUUGUUAACGGAUCUUGUGGUCCUGCACCUCUGAAGCUCAAGUACAAGCCUGGGGAGAGCGUUGUUCUCGAUGCAACUGGAAGCUGGGAUCCGGAUAGUGAUGAGCUCAAGUACGACUGGUUCCACUACCGAGAGCCCGGCGAGGCAUAUGGACGAGGACUAGAGGGAUUCGAUCCUUCGUUGAAGAUGAAGCCUAUCUUAACGACUCAGAGCCCCAACGUUAAUAUCACCAAUCUCAACUCUGACGGCAGCCUUGUCAAGUUGGAGACUGCGAAGAAACUUAAUGAUACUCUUCAUAUUAUUCUCGCUCUUCGCGAUGCCACUGAACAACCUCUUGCUACAUACCGUAGAGUUAUCCUAGAGGCCAAAUAG